AAACUCUGAAAUCGAACCUCACUCUCGUCUCUUCCUCGCCUCUCUGCCGACUGCCUCACUCUGCCCCACUCUCGUCUCUGCCUCGCCAGUUGCCGCCUAGCCUCUCUUCCUCGCCGCACAGACAUUCGGCCUCACCUCAAGGUCUUUCUCUCUCCCUCUCCAUAACGGCACUGCUCACAGCUAGUCUCCUGAAGGCCCCAAAGUCGCUGCUGACAAAUACAUUUUCAGUAAGGAUGGGUGCGCUCCUUUUUGAUGAUAUUUUUAGGGUGGAACGUGUGAAUCCAGAUGGUAAAAAAUUUGAUAAAGUUACUCGAAUUGAAGCACGAAGCGAGAAGUGUGGCAUGUUAAUGCAACUAGAUGUUAAUACGGAGAUUUAUCCUAUUGAUAAAGAGGAGAAAUUCUUGAUGGCAUUAUCUACUACUCUGAGUUUGGAGGGUGGGCAACAGUCUCUCGCUGACAAGUUUGAAUACAUCAUGCAUGGCAGACUAUAUAAAAUUUCAGAUGAACCUCAGGCUAAAACUUCAGAUGGAGGUUCAGGUCCUGGUGUGAAAGUGGAGAUAUACGUAUCAUUUGGUGGGCUUCAGAUGAUGCUGAAAGGGGAGCCAUCCCAUUGUGCUCAGUUUGAGCUUGAUCAGAGGCUGUUUCUCCUUAUCAGGAAGUUGACUUGAAAAAAAUGAAAUCCUAUAACAUCGGAAUGCGUCUUUUUUAUUGUUAAAGCUUGAUUUUUACCUCCAAAGUUCCAGUUAGGCAUGUUAACUGGUCUUUUAACCGGUGCUUAUGGCAUAUACUAGUCAGAACCAUAUAUAUGGUGUAAUUUUGUUGUACUGC